AUGGAGGGGGUACUGGCAGGUGGCCUGGCUGCCCCAGAUCAUCCUCGAGGCCCAGAGAGACUGCCUGGCCCAGCUCCAAGAGAGGACAUCGAGGGUGGGACUGAUGCUGCUGAAGGGGAAGGUGAUAUUUUUCGAUCUGCUCAUUACCUGCCUAUCACCAAGGAAGGACCACGAGACAUUCUGGAUGGCCGAAGUGGCAUUUCUGAUGGGCAGCCCCAUCCUGGCCUCAGCGAAGCCCUCCCCCGUGCCACCUCCGCUACCCAUCGGAUCAGCAGCUGCUACUGGGAUGGAGACAGCCUGGACUUUCAGCCGGGCUCCCCACCACCCCAUCUUCUGGGUCCCUUCCCUGCAUCCCUUGAUGUUCAGGGGUCUUGGGAGCACCCCAUGGUCCAGGAGGCCGGGGAGGGCAUCCGGUCUGAGCAGAGUUUCGAGGACUCAGUUAUUGUGAGAACUAUGAAACCCCAUGCCAAGCUCAAGGGCUCUAGAAAGUUCUUGCGCCACCAGGGUGAACUGAAGUUCUUAGAGAAAUACCCUUCAAGCCACCACAAGCUUGAUUGGCUCCAAGAUGCAAAUGAGCAGGGGCCCCUGAAGGAUGCAGGGUUACACCUGGACCUCCCUGCCCAGCCACCAACUGUCACUUCCUUCAGGAGGGUAAUUGUGCCAGUGGAUGACACUCCCAAGACACUGGCCAUGGAGUUUAUGGGUACCAGAGAGGACCUAGAGGACUUUGCGGGACUGGCCCAGCCUUCUGAGUGGGGUCUCCAUACAUCAGCCUCAGAAGUGGCCACACAGACCUGGACAGUGAAUUCCGAAGCAUCUGUGGAGCGACUGCAGCCACUAAUAUCCCCAGUCCCAACAGAGCCUUACCUGUGUGAACUGUUGCAGGAAGUAGCUGAUGGGGUGGACAGUCAUGAGGAGGAGGAGGAGGAGGAAGAGCCAGCUGUGUUUCCAUGCAUCGAGUGCAGCAUCUACUUCAAGCACAAGGAGCACCUCCUAGAACACAUGAGCCAGCAUCGCCGCGCACCAGGCCAGGAGCCCCCAGCUGAACUGGCGCCACUGGCCUGUAGCGAAUGUGGCUGGGCCUUCACAGAGCCUACUGCCCUGGAGCAGCACUGGCAACUGCACCAGGCUUCCCGGGAGAAGAUUAUUGAAGAAAUCCAAAAGCUGAAGCGAUUCCCAGGCGAUGAGGGCCGUGAGGCACGGCUGCAAUGCCCCAAGUGUGUCUUUGGCACCAAUUCCUCUAGAGCCUUCAUGCAACAUGCCAAGCUGCAUAUGCGUGAGAUACUACCCAACCAGCAGGCCAAGGCACCUUUCAGGGGUGGCAGCCCAGUCAUAGAUGUUAGCACCCUUGUCUGUCCCUCCUAUGGAGACUCCUCAGGCCUCAAUACCUGCAUCUACUGUAGUUUCACAGCACCUAGCAAGAAUCUGCUCAGGGAGCACAUAAGGCUAAUACAUGCCCAUGCCCACUGGGAGGAAGAUGGUGAGGCCUUUGAGGAGAUCCUCACUAGCCAGCCAGGUACUAGCCAAGAUACACACAUCCACUUCCCUGACAGUGUCACCACAGACUAUUUCAGCAAAUCUGAGCCUCUCUUGGCCUCUAUGUGGCAGGAGAACCCUGCCGGAUAUGACCCAGGACUAGCCUUUGGCCCAGACUGUCAGCAAGCAGGCAUGAGAGAUUUCUCUCUGUUAAACUCAGGCCAGCAGCCUCUUGGAAAGCUGGCCUUUCCUUCCCCUAUGGCAUCUGCUUCCUACCCCAUACAGCUCAAUAGAAACAAAAGUGCUGUCCACCUUCAGAGAAUGGACAACAAGAGUCGCCCUUGGAGUGACGAGGAGGAGGAAGAAGAUGAAGAUGUAGUGCUGACUUCUGAAAUGGAUUUUACUUCUGAAAAUGGGGCCUUUCCAUCCCCAGCCAUCACAAGCCUCAUCCCUCAAUCAGCCCUAGAGUUGAAGCAGACUUUCCAGGAUGCCCUGCAGGCUGCUGAGGCCUCACAGGAUCAGCAACAGCAGCUCCAAGGAAUGGUGCCCGUUGUUCUGGUGGCGAAGCUUAGGCCACAAGUCAUGGCCACAGCCAGCCAAGCAUCCCCAAAGCUGACACCUGAGGAACUAGGAUUGGGAAGCAACCACCCCCUGGACUUCCUGGUCAUAGAUACACCUUUGGGUGAUCCACUGGGUCUGGACACACUCCUAGAAGGUGAUCCAGCCAUGGCUCUAAAGCAUGAGGAGCGGAAAUGCCCCUACUGUCCUGAUCGUUUCCACAAUGGCAUCGGGCUAGCCAACCAUGUCCGAGGCCACUUGAACCGUGUGGGUGUCAGCUACAAUGUUCGGCAUUUCAUCUCUGCAGAGGAGGUGAAGGCUAUUGAACGCAGGUUUUCCUUCCAGAAGAAGAAGAAAAAAGUGGCUAACUUCGACCCGGGCACCUUUAGCCUGAUGCGAUGUGACUUCUGUGGGGCUGGUUUCGAUACCCGGGCCGGCCUUUCCAGUCAUGCCCGGGCCCACCUGCGUGACUUUGGCAUCACCAACUGGGAGCUUACCAUCUCACCCAUCAACAUCCUGCAAGAGCUGCUGGCCACCUCAGCAGCUGAGUUGCCCCCAAGUCCCCUGGACCAUGAGCCUAGUGUGCCACCUGGAAGCUUCCUGACUUCACGACGGCCACGCUUGCCUCUCACCAUGCCCUUCCCACCCACCUGGGCUGAGGACCCUGGGCCAAUCUACGGAGAUGGCCUUUGUUCUGAGGAAAACACAAUGGUGGCCAUGGACUUGGGGUCUCCCUUACUCCCAAAGAAGAGCCUGCCUGUCUCUGGGACCCUGGAACAGGUGGCCAGUCGGCUGAGCAGCAAAGUGGCUGCAGAGGUUCCUCAUGGCAGCAAACAGGAGCUGCCAGACCUCAAGGCUCAGAGCCUGACUACCUGUGAGGUCUGCGGUGCCUGCUUUGAGACACGAAAGGGCCUGUCCAGCCACGCACGUUCACAUCUGCGGCAGCUGGGGGUCGCAGAGUCAGAAAGUAGUGGUGCUCCCAUUGACCUUCUCUACGAGCUGGUGAAGCAGAAGGGCCUGCCCGACGCUCCCCUUGGGCUGCCCCCCAGCCUGACCAAGAAGUCCAACUCACCAAAGGAGUUGGUUGCUGGGGCCACUAGGCCUGGCCUGCUCAGCCUGGCCAAACCUAUGGAUGCCCCCGCUGUCAACAAAGCCAUCAAAUCACCUCCAGGCUUCUCAGCCAAGGGCCUGGCCCACCCAUCCAGCUCUCCAGUUCUCAAGAAGGCCCCACUGACUCUGGCAGGAUCUCCUACACCCAAGAAUCCUGAGGACAAGAGCCCCCAACUAUCCCUGAGCCCCCGGCCGACCUCCCCAAAGGCACAGUGGUCCCAGUCUGAGGAUGAAGGGCCUCUGAAUCUCACUUUAGAUAGUGACGGGGGCAGAGAGCUGGACUGCCAGCUGUGCGGUGCCUGGUUUGAGACCCGCAAGGGCCUGUCCAGCCACGCCCGCGCUCACCUGCGCCACCUGGGCGUCAGCGACCCGGAUGCCAAGGGAUCCCCCAUAGACGUGCUCCACGGGCUCAUCAGGAGGGACGGCAUCCAGAUCCGCCUCCCACCCGGGCGGGGAGCCCUGGCCCAGCUGGGGCGGCCUCCUUCUGCCUCCACGGCCCUCUCCUUGCUCCCUCCCCCACCGCCGGCCAAGAAGGCCAAGCUGAAGGCCUCGGGUAUGGCCAUCCCCUGGGGGAAGCAGGACCUCUCGGCCGCCGGCAUUUUCUGGGCCUCUGAUGUGGAGCCAUCUCCUCUCAACCUCUCUUCAGGCCCAGAGCCAACAAGAGACAUCCGAUGUGAAUUCUGUGGUGAGUUCUUUGAGAACCGUAAGGGCCUGUCCAGCCAUGCGCGCUCCCACCUGCGCCAGAUGGGAGUGACUGAGUGGUAUGUGAACGGCUCGCCCAUUGACACACUGCGGGAGAUAUUGAAGAGACGGACCCAAUCCAGGCCAGGUGGACACCUCCACCCACCAGGGCCUAGCCCAAAAACCCUAGCCAAGGUGGUGGGUAGCGGAGGUCCUGGCAGCUCAUUAGAAGCUCACAGUCCCUCGGAUCUUCACAUCUCACCCCUGGCCAAGAAGUUGCCACCACCACCAGGCAGUCCCCUGGGCCAUUCACCAACUGCUUCUCCUCCUCCCACGGCCCGGAAGAUGUUCUCAGGCCUUGCUACUCCUUCCCUGCCCAAGAAACUGAAGCCUGAACAAAUGAGAGUGGAGAUCAAGAGGGAGAUGCCGCCAGGGUCCCUUCAUGGGGAACCACACCCACCUGAGGGCCCCUGGGGCACCCCUCGAGAAGACUUGGCUCCUUUGAACCUGUCAUCCAGGGCAGAGCCAGUGCGUGACAUCCGUUGCGAGUUCUGUGGUGAGUUCUUCGAGAACCGCAAGGGCCUGUCCAGCCAUGCGCGCUCCCACCUGCGCCAGAUGGGUGUGACUGAGUGGUCUGUGAACGGCUCGCCCAUUGACACACUGCGGGAGAUCCUGAAGAAGAAGUCCAAGCUGUGCCUCAUCAAGAAAGAGCCUCCAGCUGGAGACCUGGCUCCUGCCCUGGCUGAGGAUGGCUCCCCCACAGCAGCUCCUGGGGCCAUGCAUUCCCCACUGCCUCUCUCACCCCUGGCUAGCCGGCCUGGAAAGCCAGGAGCUGGGCCAACCCAGGUUCCCCGGGAGCUCAGCCUGUCACCCAUCUCGGGGGCUAAGCCCUCAGCCACCAGCUAUAUGGGCUCAGUGGCAACCAAACGGCCCCUACAGGAAGACCACUUCCUCCCAGCAGAGGUCAAGACCAAGACCUACAUCCAGACUGAACUGCCCUUCAAGGCAAAGACUCUCCAUGAGAAGACCUCCCACUCCUCCACCGAGGCCUGCUGUGAGCUUUGUGGCCUUUACUUUGAAAAUCGCAAAGCCCUAGCCAGCCAUGCGAGGGCGCACCUUCGGCAGUUCGGUGUGACGGAGUGGUGUGUCAAUGGCUCUCCCAUCGAGACUCUGAGUGAGUGGAUCAAACACCGGCCUCAGAAAGCGGGCGCCUACCGAAGCUACAUCCAGGGUGGCCGCCCCUUUACCAAGAAGUUCCGCAGUGCUGGCCAUGGCCGUGACAGUGACAAGCGGCCACCCCUAGGGCUGGCACCUGGGGGCCUGUCCCUGGUUGGCCGAAGUGCUGGGGGGGAGCCAGGGCCUGAGGCUGGCAGGGCAGCUGACAGUGGUGAACGGCCUCUGGCAACCAGCCCACCUGGGACCGUGAAGUCAGAGGAGCACCAACGGCAGAAUAUUAACAAAUUUGAACGCAGACAAGCCCGACCCCCAGAUGCCUCUGCAGCUCGGGGUGGUGAGGAGGCCAAUGACCUGCAACAGAAGCUGGAAGAAGUGCGGCAACCCCCACCCCGGGUCCGACCAGUCCCUUCCCUGGUGCCUCGCCCCCCCCAAACAUCACUGGUCAAGUUUGUGGGGAACAUCUAUACCCUCAAGUGCAGGUUCUGUGAAGUGGAAUUCCAGGGCCCACUCUCCAUCCAGGAAGAUUGGGUGCGGCAUUUACAGCGGCACAUCCUGGAGAUGAACUUCUCCAAAGCAGACCCUCCGCCUGAGGAGCCCCAGGCGCCACAGGCACAGACAGCCGCUGUCGAGGCGCCCUAACGUACAAGCAUUCCAGAUCCCUCUUGUACCGCCUGUCCCUCCUGUUUCUCUUUGUCCUCUUCCCCCAUUCCCUCUUUCGUUUCCGUUUCCAAAGGAGCAAGCCAAAACCUCAAACCGGCGCCCUUUGGGGGCCGGGCACACUACAACCUGGGCGCCGGGAGCCAGCUAGCCACCCUCCCCCUAGCCUGAGGACUCUGGGGCCACAAGGGUACCCUCCUUGAGCCCACCUGGUUGGUCCAGCAGGGGUUGUAGCCAGGCCUUUGGUGGUGGCCAAUCUGGUUACAGGGGAGAACAGCACUUCCCUGUGUCUAGCGACCAGGCAGGGCUAUGUCUGCCAUCCGUGGCCAUUUGCAAAGACCCCAAAGACCCCUGUUUCCUCUUGUCCCCAUGAAUAUCUGUUCUCACUCAUGCACAGGCAAACGCACCCGCACACGCACACGCACCUCGUGAGACUUGGGAUCUGUUCUAGCCCCCACAGUUCCCAAGUCAAACGACCAACCACAUCAUGCCACGGUGCUUGCUCAGGGGAAUCCACGCUCCCUCUGCUAACCCACUAGGGCCUGGGAGCCCCCACUGAGCCCACAAUGCCACGGAAACUCUUGUUAGCUGCCCCCCAAAAAGGGGCCUUCCUAGCUUGGAAAGAGCUCAGAGCUGACAGCUGCCUCCUGCCAUGUCAGAGCCUCAGGGGCUCCAGGGCUGGGAGGGUAGAGUGAGGGGUGGGACUCUCCUCCCCCACCCCUACCACCCUCCCCUUUUCACUGUUGCUUUCUAUGUAUAGCUCCCUAGAUCUUUCACUUUUUUAAAAAAUGCGUUUUGUGUAGAGAAUAAGGAACGUGGAUCUUUUUAUUUUGCAAUCCUGGGCUAGCUAGAUACCGGGAGCUAAUUGACCUUUUAACCUUUUUCAGUGGCCAUCUUUUGGUUAACAAUGUACCUAGAAAUAUGUAAAUUAGAUUAAAUUUCUCUUCUGGAAAUACCCCAGGGCAGGCAGCCAGUGUGUGUUUUUCUGUCGAGUGGACAGGCUGGCACUGGCUGACAGCUGGGGCUGGGGAUUAGCGUUGUGCCUGGCCAGAGUCCCUGGGUUUCCCUACUGGCCACCAAAUUGACCAGACACAGAUGAGGAUAAGCCCAAGUUCUCAGCUGUUGGCCCUUGAUACUGUGGAUGGUGGGGGCUCUGGUUGCCUGGGGAAUCGGCUCCCCUGAGUGGAGAAACCAGAGCUCUGGUUGGCUGGUCUGGGAAGGGAGCCAAGACAGAAGGGCUGGUUGGGUUUAACCAGCAGCAAUAACAUGCCUGCAGGAGUGAUUCUGGCCUUGGUGCUAUUACCAAGAGAAGGAAUUCUUUGUAGGUGUUGGGUAAAACACACAUCUGGGAGCUUUGGGUGGGAAUGAAGUGGCAGAGUUGGGACUCAGCUAUCUUUAAGAUAGGACUUUAAAUACAGCACUGGAGACCUUAUCCCAGGCCUCAAACAUUCCAAGGAAGUACCCUGCCACUGAGCUAUCCCUUCCUGGAUUCAAGGUAAAUGUUAAGAAGAGACAUAGGAACCCAAAUAACAAGAAGGAAAGGAGUUUUGUUUUCGUUUUAAUCAUUUAUUUGGUAUUUCAAGACAGGGUUUGUGUAGCCCUGGCUGUCCUGGAGCUAGUUCUGUAGAGCUGGCUUUGAACUCAGAUCUGAAUGCUGGGAUUAAAGCAUGUGCUGAUACUGCCUGGCCUGAUUUUAACUUUUUACAGUGCCUUUGGUUUUUCCAGAUAGGGUUUCUCUGUGUAACAGCCCUGGCUGUCAUGGAACUCACUUUUUAAUCCAAGCUAUCCUUGAAUUCACAUAGAUUGGCCUCCUCUGUCUCCCAAGGGACUAAAGGCCUGUACCACCAUGCCUGGCUUACCCAUAUUUUCUUGCUCAGCUAAUGUUUAUUGAACAUCUCUGAGGUGAUAAGA